CCCUCAACAUUCUGCACAUAUUCCAGUACUUUUUCUCUCCAAAACUUGUGCCUGCUUGUUCACAAAUUGUUGAAAAAAGUCUCCACAACAUGGGGACUAAUUAUGGAGAAGACACAUUGAUCACCAAGGGAAAGGGUGGAUUCAAAGCCUGCGCGUUUAUUUUUGCCUUGACAUCAUUGGAGAACAUGGGAUUUGUAGCUAACAUGAUCAGCUUGGGAUACUAUUUCUAUUCUGUGAUGCACUUCAAUUCAGCAGGCUCUGCCAACACUCUCACAAACUUUAUGGGCUCAACUUUCUUGCUCACUCUUGUUGGUGGCUUCAUUUCUGACACCUUCUUAAGCAGAUUCACCACUGCUUUGAUUUUCGGAACAAUUGAAAUUCUGGCCUUGGUGAUAGUAACAAUUCAAGCUGCCUCAAACAGUCUGCAUGCGGAUGCUUGUGGCAAGACAAGUUGUGUGAAAGGCGGUGCAGCAGUAAUGCUAUAUUUCUCUCUGUGCUUGUUAGCAUUAGGUGCAGGUGGAUCUAAGGGAGCUGUUCCUCCACUUGGUGCUGAGCAGUUCAAUCAAAAUGAUCCAAUAGAAGCAAAAUCACUUCCCACCUAUUUCAAUUGGCUAUUGCUCAGUAGCACAAUUGGAUCCACCUUUGGAGUCACUUUCAUUGUGUAUGUUAGCACAGAAAAAGCAUGGUACAAGGGUUUUCUCAUAUCAACUGUUGCUACUUUUGUUGGCUUUAUUGUUCUCAUCAUUGGGAAGCCUUUCUAUCGCCUGCAACUGCCUGGUGACAGCCCCAUUAUAAGGGUUGCUCAGGUUAUAGUUGUGGCAUUUAAAAACAAAAAGCAGUCUCUGCCGGAGAAUCCUGAGGAAUUGUAUGAAAUCAAUGAGAAAGAAAGAGCUGCAACAGAGGAAAGAAUCCUGCACACCAACCAGUUUAGAUGGCUAGACAAGGCUGCAAUUGUGAGCAAAGACUCGGAGCCAGCACGAUGGACAGUCUGCACUGUGACUCAAGUUGAAGAAGUGAAAGUUCUGGUUAGAAUGUUACCAAUUUUAGGUAGUACAAUCAUAAUGAACACUUGUUUAGCACAACUUCAGACCUUUUCAGUUCAACAAGGCUAUCUCAUGGACAAGCAUCUGGGCAAAUUCAAGGUUCCUCCUCCUUCAAUUCCAGUGAUUCCACUACUUUUUAUGUCCGUUCUGCUUCCUGUAUACGAAUAUGCUUUUGUCCCCUUCGCGCGCAAGAUCACCAAGCAUCCCUCAGGCAUUACACAGCUGCAACGCGUAGGUGUGGGGCUAGUACUUUCAGCCCUUUCAAUGGCAGUAGCAGCCAUUGUUGAAGUUAAAAGAAGGAACCAGUUCAUCAAAAACCCUUUGGAGCCUAUCAGCCUGUUUUGGUUAUCAUUUCAAUAUGGGAUUUUUGGGAUUGCAGACAUGUUUACUCUUGUGGGAUUGUUGGAGUUCUUUUACAAGGAAGCUCCCAUAGGAAUGAGAUCACUCUCCACUGCAUUUACUUGGCUUUCAUUCGCACUUGGCUACUUUUUGAGCAGUGCAUUUGUUAGUAUUAUAAAUGCAGUGACAAAAAGAGUGACUCCAAGCAAACAAGGAUGGCUUCAUGGAGAAGACAUUAACAACAAUAAUCUCAACUUGUUUUACUGGUUCUUGGCCAUUCUUAGUGUGCUAAAUUUUGGACUUUAUUUGGUCUCAGCCUCAUGGUACAAGUACAAAUCAGAAGAUCAUUCAGAUAAAACUACUCACUCUUUAUUAACAAGACCUCCAAAGGAGUUGGUUCUUACUAAACCAGAAGAAAAGAAUGAUGAGGAUGGUGGAGAAAAGGCAAAGGGAGAUCAUGAAGAUGCUGCUGCUGCAACAACAGAAACUGAUAAAGAAAAAGCCAAUAAUUGAUUGAUGAAAUUAUAAGCAAUUAAUUUAAUGUAAUUUUCUUUUGUAUUCUC